AAACUAGUUACAGUAGGAAAACAGAGUCAGUAUCGGAUAAGCCGUUUAUUUCUGAGACUCAUCGACAUCACUAGACGUCUAGACAUGGCGUUCUUUGCCGGAUACACCGCACUCCACCGUCUCAAUCGUUAUUUCCGUCCUAUUUUUUCAGUUCCAGCUCAUACGGAUCGCCUGCCGGGUUUAUUUUGUGUCUUUUGUCCCAGUUGUAAUGGAAACCGGCGGCUCAGUGCAAACGCCCAGUCGACUCCGUCGGAGUUUAUCGGACAUAGCGCCUACGAGCUCUUAGGCGUCUCGAAGACCAGCUCAUUCUCAGAAAUCAAAGCUUCGUUCCGUAAAUUGGCUAAGGAGACUCAUCCUGAUCUCGCUCACUCCCAAACCGACUCCUCGGCUUCCAAACAAUUCAUUGAAAUCCUCGCCGCUUAUGAGAUAUUAUCUGAUUCUGAGAGAAGGGCACAUUAUGACCAGUAUCUCUUCUCUCGAAGAGCACUUGUCCAGAAGCAGGCUAGGCAAGGUUCAAUUAUGUACAAGUACGAAUCUCAUAGACUCAUGGAAAGAGAAAUGGAAGUUGUUGAAUGGUUGAAGUGGUAUAGAUAUACCAUAAAUGAUAUAGUGUCAGAGAAAAGGGUGGUGGUUGGUUCCGGCUAUUUUGAUGUAUUGGAAAGGGAUUUUUACUCAGCUAUACAUGCAGCAUUUUAUGGCCCUGAAAUUGAAUCAAUGGAUCUGCUUCCCGAAUGUUUUGAAGCUGAGGAGAGGUCCAUAUCUGUCACACCAGAUAUUCUGCAUUUGGUCUCGGGGCGUGACCUUUUUGGGAUGGUACGUGUUGCCAACAGGAAUCCUGAACUGUCACAUACCUACACUGAAAAACUAACAUCUUUUGAAUCUGAUCUGUGCUUUUCUAUUAACAAUGUCAGCACAGAAAUGAAUUCAAAUGCAACUGUAAAUGGGUCGUGUCAAAAGCAAUCUAAAAGUAUUAAUUAUUUUGAACGAGAUGCAUAUAAGGAUUUAGAAUUACAUGUAUCUGGGAAGGUUGUUGCAAUAGCCAGUAGGGUUCGACCUAAGAGUAAUUCUAAUCUGGCACAAGACAAGAAUGCUGAGGAUCUCAUACAUAUUUACCUUACUAACCAUGAAGAUGCAACGUAUAAAAGUGACUGUGUAUAUGUUCCAGUUGGAUCUAGGAUUCUGCUAGGAACAAUACAUGGAAUGGGGACCAGCCCUGAGGAAGGAUCCUGUGAUGUCUAUGAUCAUAAUGGUGUGAAUACCCACGUGAUUAUGAAGCAUCGGACAUUGUUGGUGAAACACAUGCACUGGUACCAAGUAGGAGAUGAAGUCUCUGUUUGUGAAUGCAGAUGCAGUAGGGCUCGCUUGCCUCCCAGCAAGUUUUGGCUGUUUGAGCCACGCUGUGGCAUGCACGAUAUUGGAGGUUGGUAUGUGGAGACAUUUGGUCGCGAUAAAAAAAGCCGGAAUGUCCCAUCCCAGAGGUAUUGGGAUGGUUUAGAUGCAAAUGAUCAUUUUGACAAGAGACUUCAUCCAGCAAUGUAUUUGCUUGCACUUGCCUAUAGAACUCUAGAUAUUGAAGAUGCAAGACUACAGAAACGAAGAAUGAAGGAUAUUGUUGAAGAUAAAAUGCAUAGAAUUCUAAGUUGGUGUAAGACUCUUGUGUCAGGGAUGUGAGUUAUGGUUUAUAUAUUAUAUAAAUGAUUCCUGGCAGUAUGGCUGAUCAUUGCUUAGGUCAGGUAGUGAUAAGAGACUGAGGUUUUGGUGUCCUCCAACAAAAAGAAAAUUGGAUAUGAUGUAGAGACUCCUUCACCCAUGACCUGCACUGGAGACUAAUGAAGAUUACUCCUGGAAUUCAAUGAGGUGAAAAUUAACAAUAACUCGUAUGAAGAGGCUAGGAGUGAUUUUUUCCAUGUAUAUGGUUACAGUGGUCACUGUGCUGCCUUGUUUCCACUCCCCAGUCUUCUUAUCUGUGCACCUCGACCUGAAGUGCACCACAAAGAUAAUGGACUAGAAUUUGGAUUAGAAGUCCCAGAGUACCUAGUUGAUAUGUGGAAUAAUGGAACGAUGAAGCACCACUGGUAAUGAUAUCAUGAAAGAAGUGCCCUGCUGCUAUCACGAUUCAUGCUUAAUACUGUUAGUCUGCAUCUAAGAAUGGUAUUUCAUUCUGUGCUGCAAACCAUUUGUUCAUGACAAACCCUUGUUAAAUGAGAAGUAGUUGGUGCCACCGGUGAAAAGGAAUUUAGAGUUCUCGUACCAAGGAAGAUUGAAAUUCAGAAUGGGAAAUUUUUGGUGUCGCCCAAGAAGCUACCUUUGUGUUAUUUUAUGUCAAGGCAAAGCAGCUUAUACUCUGUAAGUCCUAAGCCUGUGCAGUAUAUGUUCUGUUAAUCUAAAUCACGGAUACUCACGAAGUGCGAGUAUUGGAAAUUACAUGCGAGUAUUGGAAAUUACAUGGAAGUACGAGUGUGUUUGCACAGAGACUUGGAUCAGCUACUUAUUGGUCUCUAAAUUACAUGUGAAAAUUAUAUGCAGGCAAAAUUUCCCUGGCUUGCAUUCACAAUGUGAGAAAAUAUUAGUGAAAAACUGAAUUUAGGUUGAGAAUGCAAGAAAAAAAAAAGGUUGAGAAUGCAGGAAUUGGGUACUGAUUUGUUGGAGCCUGGAUGUGCAGUCCAACAACUCCGUUUGCUUUGUCUUAUUAUGUGGGUUGGUGGCCUGGUGGGGUCGUCAACUCGUCAUCCUCUGUUCCUGAACCUCGAGUAAUUAUUCUGUCAGUCCAGAACUCAGAGAGGAGCCAGCCUUAAAAAAAAACUAAUUAUGGUCUUUUUUAUUUUCUUUUCAAACAUAGCGACUUUUAUUUGUACGAAGCUGGAGAUGAAACCUGUACUGUGUAAUUU